AUGAAACGCCACGCAACUACGGAAGGUGAGAGUCUGGGCGUGCUAUUCGCGGAGCAGGCGGGGGACGUGAUCUCGCUCGCAGCGGGGAUCGAGUUGUGCGCGGAGCAGGCGCUUGCGAGCGGUAACGCGGGGCGGGUGGCGAGCUUCCUGGAGGCGCUGUGGGAGCAGCUCCGGGAGCACCCUGCACUCGUGGGAGAUUUGGGUUGGGAUAUCCCGAAGGUGCUUGUGCGGUGCAUUAGGGCAGACAACUUCAACCUCAACGAAGGGCUCGGGGAUGAUAUGGUGUGGCGGCUCCUGGUGGGCUGCUUCAGGGAGGUGGGGCGCGAGGGGAACGCGCGGGAGUGCUUCCUGACCGGGUGCCAGCAGCUGGCGGAGCUCUCGGUGGCCGCAGAGGAGGAGGAAGACGCGGAUCUGCGUGAGGAGAUGUUCGCGCUGAAGUUCCACAUGCUGAUGGAAUUCGUGACGACCACGCUGGGAAGAACGACGACUGCGUACCCGUCGCGGUUCCUGGGGGAGAUCAUAGGCGUGCUCGUGAAGCUGGUGGAGCGCAAUGCAGAUGAACUGUGCGACGUGCACCUACUGCUGCGGCGCCUGUAUACGUUUUGCCGCGACUACACGGCGCCCGUGUCAUCCUCGGAGGACGAGGAGCUGCGUGCACAAGAGGAUUACCUGCAGCGCACGUUGUUUCGGAGUUUCCUGGCAUACGCUCUGGCCCAAUUGCUGCGUAGGCAAAGCGUCCGGUGGGCUCCGGAGUACUUUGCCAAGUCUCACGGGCUGGAAUUCAAGCUCCACGAUGAUCAUGUGGAGCUACGCGAGACACUGGGCCGCUACUUUCAGCUUGCCCAUUCGUUUGAUAUCGACAUCGAAGGUGCGUUCCAGAAGCAGUGCAUCCUGGAGUCCCGGGAUGUCUACGCCUGCGUGUCUGCAGAUGCAGACAAGGCAGACGGCGCGGAGGUUAUCUACCAGUUGGCAUACACCUAUGAACUGAAGAAAAUUGCUGAACUCCAGUCCAUGCCAAUAGACGCGCGGGGGAUCUUUGUGCUCGCUGUACUACACCACUUUGAGACAGGAAAGCCGAUCUGCCUCAGCCUUCGGUUGGACGAUGCCAUCUACAUGUUUCUGCGGUUUAACACACCUGAAAUAUACUCAAAGUCUUUUGGCAAUAUAGCUGUUACAGACGCGUCGCUCUAUUUCGUUUUACUUGCAUUGGAAGGCAACUCGCAUGAGGAGAACCAUAAGCUCGUGCGUGAGUUCCCGCAGACAGUCUUUGCUGUCUUUAUUCAAGUGCUGCUUCUGAACAUGUGCAGGCUACCUAGUAGAGAAAUCGGACGCAUGACGCACAGCAUUUUAGCGAGAGUUCUGUUUUUGGCCUCGGAGACCACGGCGUUUGAUUUCGUCAUCGACACCCUGUUGCAGUGCCCCUAUGAGACGGCCAAACAAAUAAUCCUCGAAAUUGCCAAGAUUAUGAUGGUCAGCGACCAAUAUACUAUCUGCACAAGGGACGUCCCAUCGCACACGCGCACUGAUACGAAGGCGCCGCCGCUUCCGCCACGGCCGUUCAUUAAGCUUAAUGACGAUCGUAUGGCGGCCUUCCACACGUUGGCGAUGAUGUCAGCCAAGUUCUGCACGGAAACUGAAGACCCAAAGCAGCUCACAACUUUGCUAUCAUACUUGAACUUGAUAACUGUCUUGCGGAAAAAAUGGGACCAAGUAUUACUCCGUGAGCUCACCGUGGCGGUUUCCAAUUGCAUUGAACCAAGGAAAGAAGAUAUACCAGAGAUCGGGUUUAUCAAGAUUGCAAACGACGGGCUGAAAGAGUUUCUAGGCGGCAACUCCACGUAA